AUGCAAUUCAUCAAGGAGAACUGCAGCUUACCAGUGCCUCAAGUCUUUGCGUAUGAAUCUGACGAGGACAAUCCGGUGAAGAUCGCUUAUAUCCUGAUGGAGUUGCUCCCCGGCAGCGUUGCCCUGGACGCCCUAGGUGGCUACGAGGUCCAUGGUGGUGAGAUACCUAAACGGCACCGACCAAACUUCUACCGUCUUGUCGCAAAGUGUCAUGUCCAGUUCACUUCGUUGCGACUGCCAAAGAUCGGAUUGAUGACCCGGAACAGCGAGGGUGGAUUCGAAUGUGGUCCUUUGCCAGGAAUCGGCGGUCCGUUCGACACAGCAACCGCAUUUUUUGAGGCAUGGGCCGACAGCGCCAAAUUUAAAUGGGACAAAGAGAGUGUCACACGGCUGUCCUUAUGUGACGGAGGGCCUUUCCCUCUGGAUCAUGAUGACUUUCACCAUUGUAACAUCAUGGUGGGUGAGAAUACUUUCGAUGUCACGGGAAUCAUUGAUUGGGAUGGUGCUUGUACGGUUCCCUGGGAGCUCAUCGCAUUCCCUGACUUCCUUACGGCCCAGCCGGUUUCCUUUGACCUGCCCCAAAAGUAUGACCGGGAUGGGCAGCCGUUUGAUGAGGAACUCCGGGAAACGUGGCGCGAGCGUGGGGAGUAUAUUGAGAUGGUCAAAUUGGCCGAGUCUGAAGAGUCUCAGGAUAGCCUGCUCUCGUCUUGCCUGAGUAGCAAGAGGAGCCAAGCUAUAGCGUAUUGUUAUGGGGCGUAUAGUUGUGUUGGAAAGCUGGGUUUUUAUGACCGAGUUAUCAAGGAGUUAGAGAGUGAGCGAUGA